AUGGAUUUAAAGGAUCUAGAUUCGCAAAAGUUCAUGAUUGACGGGGAGGAGUCCGAUAAAAUGGCCUCCGGACUGGUCGUCCCAAAGUUGGAGUAUCGCGUUCCCAAGGUCACUUACGGCGAUUUCACCCUAUGGGAGUCGGAAAACGGCUGGGAAUGUACACAUGCAGACGUAUAUGUGAGUGCUGAAAAUAUAAUCAUUGUCCUUGGACUGGAAAAUGGAUCGGAAUCGGGGUACAAGGCACAACUGAAACUAGCCGACAGAGAAUGGCAAGAGAUUGAGAUGUUUGAAGUCAAUAGACUUUUAUUCGACAUUGUAAUUAUGGAUAUAGAUGAGAGAAAUCUACGUGGCAGAUUUCUCAGACAUGCAUAA